GUGGCUCCGUCGGGCCAAGAGGGCCCUUCUCGGGACCAUUGUGGCGCACUGGCAGGUUCCCUGUCGGCGUGUCGCUUACAAUAAACUUGGCGGAGUCGUGGACUGUGUUGAUCAGACAUGGCGGCGGGACAGACAUCUUCCACCUAUUCCUUCAGCUCGGCGCCCAAAGCCGUGACACGGAAGAAGUACCGAGAGCCCGGAGAUGUGGAGCCCGGCCUAUACCGAAAUGUCAAGGAGACGUGCAUCUCAUGGGACAAGCGAGUGCAUCGGGGCAACACCUACAGCAUGUACACCCAGAAUGCUAUCAAAGAGGCCAUCGAAACUGCCCAGAAGCAGCAAGCUGAGAAGAAGGUUCCCAGGAAGCGGAAAGUCAAGGAGCCCUCUAUCUUCGACAUGCCCUUGCCCGAGCAUGAGCGUGUGGCAGUAGAUCUUACCAAGCACCUAGUGGCCAAUGAGCAGCCUCCGCAGAUGGAAGUGAUGGAGUCGCAGACCGAUGAGUUCCUUCCAGAGCCACCGCAGGAACAGUAUCAGCCCCAAAGGACUGGCAUCGAUGCUUUCACCCAGGUGGAGGACGGUGAGCUCUUUGACUUUGAUCGCGAGGUCGAACCCAUCUUGGACGUUUUGGUGAUGAAGACCUUGGAGCAGUCCAUCAUGGAAGUAGAGGAAGAGCACGAACUUGCCGCAAUGAGCCAGUUCAAGAGUGCAUGGUAUGAUAGGCAGCGGGCAUACCCGGCUGCAUGGAGAGAACAGGUGGAGGAGGAAUGGGUGCGAUGGCAUGAGAAGGAGCUGGUCUUGACCAAGGCAAGAGCCCAGAAGGAGAAAGAUGCGCGACUCCGGCUGAAGAUCCAGGCGGUGAACAUCGCGAGGGAACACCUCUCCACGCUGGUGCCAGAUGCCAAGACCUACCUCAAGGAGUUGGUCUUUCCGGAUCCAGAUGACGUGGACAUUCAGAGGCACUUCUUGCCGAGUCUCUUCCAGAAGGUCGAGCAGGAAGUCUCAGCGAUGAAACAGGCCCAGUCCCAGAUUGAUGCGCUUGCAGCAGAGUGUGUCGCCAAGCAGCAGGCGACCUGGGAGGAGUCGCUGCAGCGGCAACGCGCCAAGUCGGCUGAGCUGCAGAAGCUGCACCUGGAGGAACUGCAGAUUCGUCGUGGGAAGAUCCGAAUCUUAAUCGAUGAUGGCAGCGGAAAUCCUGUGCCAGUUGGACCCAUCCAACUCUCCUCAGCAGAUAGCAUUGAAGAGCUUCAGCGGCGUGUGUAUGCAUGGCUGCAGCAGAACGAACCAAAGAUUGCAGCGGGCUGGCCCCACGGAGUGGUGCUAAAACUGAGUGGCGAGCCUGUGCACAAGACCAACCAACUCUUUGAAGCUAAGCCUGGGCAGAUCUCCAUGGGCCCACAGGAGCCGCCAGCGCCGCCAGAGCAGGAAGAGGAAGUGGAAGAUCUAGAGGCCGCAUGAGCUGAAUUUGGGGGCUCGCAGACCAUCAACUUCCAAACGGAGCGCUAGACGGUUUGCGAGAUCCCACACAAGCGAGAAGUGAGUUGCAGCGAGACUGCUGCAAUCUGCGCAUGUAUGGCGCGGCUUUUGCUGCACACCUUUGGUUGAAAGGAG